CCCCUUUCGGCCCGUUUGAGCCCGUUUGAGCCCCCCUGGGAGCCCGCAGGGUUCUCCGCCCGCUCAGAGCGGCAUCGCCUCUGCGGGCGGCGCGGCCGGAGCUGCGGGGAGCGCUCCCCGCGCCCACAAAGGUCCCGGGCAGAGAUUUUCCUCCUGGCACACGCUGGAACACAAGGGCUGCACUUCUCUCCGCGGGACAGCACGGCUCCGGGGCUCGGGGCACGCUGCUGUGAGUUUUCCUCCGGUCACGGGAAUUUAUCCGGAGUUAAAUGAAGAUACCGAAGGGUGAGGCAAGGAAACAGCGCUUGGAGGGUCUGGAAGGAUGUUUUGCCAUCACUGAAGGAAUGGACCUUUUGAACCUGUGUGGAAAAUGUCCUUUUUGAUACCAAAAGUCGUAAAGGAAAACUUAUGAUUGGAAUCUUGCAGGAGUUUGAGCUCAGCUGUACUUUUAACCUUACAUAGACCAUGGAGAGUUUGUUAUCGCUGCUCUGUUGCCAUUAUUCUUUGCUGAUUUUAUUUCAGCACAGAUAUCAGGUGUACGGAAACCAUUCCCAGCUCCCCAAGCACCCAGGGUUCAAAGUCCUGGCAUCAGCUUCCCAUUACUGGCCCCUGGAAGAUGUGGAUGGAAUUCACGAGUUCCGGGAUACAAACGGAGCUCUAAGAAUCCACAACUUCACUGUGCUUCCUUCCCAUAACUCUACCUUUGUAAAUACCAAUGACUCUGCCUACUCUAACUUCUCUGCAACUGUAGAUAUUGUGGAAGGGAUGGUGAACAAAGGAAUUUACGUCACUGAAAAGAAAGGAGUCACCUUUCUCUUCUUUGGAAGCUAUAGAAAUUCUUGCAUCAGUAAUCCAGAGGCUUGUGGGCCUGAAGGAGUAACAUUUUCCUUCUUCUGGAAGACUCAAGACCAACAGGCCAAGCUUCUCCCUGCCUCUGGUGGAAGAGUAAUUUCCAGCGGUUUCAAAAUCUGCUCCAAUGAAGGUGAAGGCUCCGUGGAAUUUUACACCCGUGGGAAUGCAAUGAUGAAAUGGAAAGCAAGCUUUAGUCCACCAGGCCCCUUCUGGACGCACGUGCUGUUCACCUGGCGGCCCCGGGAAGGCCUGAAGGUGUACGUGAACGGCACCCUGCGCACCACGGACCCCCAGGGGAAGGUGUUCUACGACUACGGGGACGCGGGGGCCGAGCUGCUGGCGGGCGGCGAGGGCGCGGCCCGGCGCUCCGUCAGCGGCGCCUUCGACGAGUUCGUCAUCUGGGAGCGGGCCCUGAGCCCCCGCGAGGUGCAGCAGUACUUCACGGCCGCCGUGGGUGUGCAAGUCCUGCUCUCCUCAACACUUCCCUGGUCUCUGAUGACAACCACGACAGCCCCCGUGCUCCCCACCGACGCGUACCAGCCCAUCCUCGCGGCGCUGAGCCAGGACAGAGGCAGCUCCUCCUCGCCCAGCUCCCUGCUGGGGCGCCUGCAGAACGUGUCCUCCAGCCUGCCCCCCAAAGCCCUGCCUGAGCACACUGCCCUGAGCCUGGCCCAGGCAUUUUUAAAAGCUAUUGAAGACUUCCUGUUACUGUCUGACUGGAUUGAUGGACCAGAGGGUCUGGCCAUGCUCAGCAGCCUGAUCCACACCAUCGACACGGUGCUGUCUCACCUGUCCCUCCACCUGGAGGGGAGCUCGCUGCCGCUGACCGUCGAGGGCUCCUCGGCCGUGGCAGAUUACGCUGUGGUCAAAAUGCAUCCUCAGAGCCUGAAUGUGUCCCACUAUCGAUUCCCAUCCCGAGGGCAGAGCUAUAUUUCCAUCCCCAGUGAAGCUUUCCAUGGAAGAGCCUGCAUCACCAUCGUGGGCCUGCUUUACCACAGCAUGCAUCACUUCUUCAGCAACAUCGACCCCCUGCACACCAGGAUUGCUGAAGCUGCUGCCUACAAAGGCUCCAUGAUCUCAGCCAGCAGUUAUCUCAUCUCUAUCAAGGUGGAGCCUCUGCCCCAGCUGUCCCCCAACCUGUCGGGCUCUCCCCUCAUCACCAUCCAGCUCACCCACACCCUGACGCCCAGACAAUACAGCCAAGCACUGAAUAAAAGUAACAGAGUUCAUCUUUACUGUGCAUUUCUGGAUUACAGCAAUGGAACUGGUGUUUGGUCCAACGAGGGCUGUGUGAGGGACAGUGGGGACCUCAACCACUCCGUGUGCCUCUGCAACCACCUCACCAACUUCGCCAUCCUGAUGCAAGUGGUGCCUCUGAAGCUAACCAGAGAACACCAGGUGGCCCUCUCCUCCAUCACUUACAUCGGCUGUGCUCUGUCCAUCUUCUGCCUGACGAUCACCCUGGUCACGUUCGCUGUGCUGUCGUCUGUCAGCACCAUCCGCAACCAGCGCUACCACAUCCACGCCAACCUGUCGUGCGCCGUGCUGCUGGCCCAGGCCCUGCUGCUGGCCAGCUUCCAGUUCAGCCCCGCAACCCUGCCUUGCAAGAUAUUGGCCAUUCUCCUUCAUUUUUUCUUCCUGAGUGCAUUUGCAUGGAUGCUGGUGGAAGGAUUUCAUCUUUACAGCAUGGUGAUCAAAGUAUUUGGGUCAGAAGAAAGCAAGCACUUAUAUUAUUAUGGAAUUGGAUGGGGCUGCCCACUGGUGAUCUGUGUCAUCUCUGCAACCUCCUCCCUGGACAGCUAUGGAGAAAGUGGCAACUGCUGGCUUUCCCUGGAGGAUGGAGCAAUCUGGGCUUUCGUGGCACCGGCGAUGUUUGUAAUCCUGGUGAACAUUGGCAUCCUCAUUGCUGUCACAAGAGUCAUCUCCAGAAUCAGUGCAGACAACUACAAGGUCCAUGGAGAUGCUAAUGCCUUCAAACUAACAGCUAAAGCCGUGGCUGUUCUCUUACCAAUCUUGGGGAGCUCGUGGAUCUUUGGUGUUUUGGCUGUCAAUGCCCAUGCUUUAGUGUUUCAGUAUAUAUUUGCUGUUUUUAACUCACUACAGGGAUUUUUCAUGUUCCUGUUUCACUGUCUUCUGAACUCAGAGGUUAGAGCUGCCUUUAAGCACAAAACCAAGGUCUGGUCCCUCACCAGCAGUUCAACACGCAACAUCAAUGUGAAGCCCUUCAAUUCAGACAUUAUGACUGGGAACAGGCCAGGCACAGCUCCCACGAAGCUGAACACCUGGGACAAAAGCACCAAUUCAGCAAACCGCAUUGAUUUAUCUGCAGUGUGACAGGAGCAGCAGCUCCUCAGAGAAAAUCAAGCCAUACAUCCAGGACCUCUGACACCGUGUCCAGCUGUUCCUCACUGCCAGUAACAGUAGAAAACUGGGAUUUUAAAUCACUGCCUAAUGAAUUGGGAAUUGCCAUAGUGUUUUGUUGAGUAAAUAGCCCUUGUUGCUUGCCUUCAAAACUGUAACACAUUCUAGCACUUGGCUAUUAGCAAUAUCUGUAAAAAUGACCAGCACAAAUAUACACUGGAUGAUACAUUUUGUCAGCAAUGAUGAAAACUCUAGGUAUGCAAGGAGGGCUUAUUGCUCCCUGAAUCAUUCCAGCUCCCAGAACUGAGGGAAAGCAACAUACCUCUGAAAGGAUGGAUUUUUAUGCUCUAAAAUGAAAUGCUUCCCAUUGUGAUGUUGUAAUGAGACUAUUCCACACUUGCUGUGCUCUCUCUGUUUACAUUUUUUUACCUUACAGAAUUAUCAAAGUGAAGCUGAUUCCAAAUACACGGUAUGGUGUUUAUCUGAUGCUACAAGGAAGCCAGGCUUGAGGGAGAAGCAGGUUCCAGCUCCCCCACUCCCCAAGUGGGUGAGCAAAGGUAAACCCACAUAAACAGCACCUGUAAGGUGUAAAUCUCCUGGAUGUGGCCUGUCAGGAUUUUAGACCCUCCUGUUGCCAUGCUGUCCUCAGAGGUAACCUGGCUGUGGCUGUCCCAGAGCAGCCCACAGCUCCUCUGCUGCUGAUGUGUGUCUGCUGACACAUUGCCUUACAAAUUAUCCAAUUAUUCCCCUGCUUUGCCUGCAGCUGGGGGGUGCAAUCAACAACUCUCUGUCGAGUGCAUUUUGCAAACUCCCUGUGGCUUCUAGGAAGCAGGACCUGGCGCUGUGACUUAUCUUGCUCCUUUUGCUGGUCAUUUUGAGACACUGAACUCCUGCCACAAAGAUGUAACACACUGAUAUACUGUGAAGACAGCCAGCCUGCAAAUAACUCGGUGUAUUGUUUCCUGCAGACAGCUUUUAAGCAGGGCUCUGCAGUCCCUUUUGUGGUUUUAGACUCUGCUCAGCAUUUAGUAGCUUCUGCUUUAGUACUGCCAUGAACUAUCUUUAAGGAGGGAAAAAACACUGUGAUUUUUCUUCUGAGCAGUGUUUUGUAGGCUCUGAGAGUGGAGUUUGGAGCACGAGCAGGGCCACCCCAGCUGAGUUUAACCCUGGCCAGAGCUCCUGGGGCUUGCUCUGGGACUUGCUCAGCAUCCAGGAUUCCCCAGCAGGUCAGACCAUUCCUGGUCCCAGUGAAUGUGCUAUUUGUUUCUAAGAGAAAAGGUAUUUACACUCUAAUGUGCAGAGUGGAAAUUUUCUAUUGCUUGGUAAAUUUAUCAAAAAGUAAAAUGAAAGUGAAUUGAUUUUUAGGAACAGGAAAUACCCACCAAUUAUGAUGGAAUUUAGUGACGUGUUUAAUCCAAAAGACAUGGAAUUUAAAGUUUCUAAAAACUCAAUGCAUUUAAUUUCUGUUUGAUCCAAACAAAGUUUUGUCCCCGUUUCCUUCCUGCACUAAAAAAAUGAUCUCUUUCAGUCUGGCCCAAUCUUUCCUGCCUUUUCCCCUUCCUAGCCAAGACCUGUUGAUGUGCUCCCCAAACUGGAAGCCCAGAGUUCACCCAAGCUUGUUCAGCUUACAGCUCAGAACAUUCUACAGAAAUUAUUUUAGUUACACCAGAUCUGUGCUGGAUUUCUGCAGCUGGAGCAGAGCAGAACUGCACAUCACACCUUUACAGGCAUGAAAUCCACGGGCUUUAGUCUUAUGUUUCCUAAAGCUAGCUCCAGUCAUUGACAGCUAACUCCAAACAGAGGGUCAGUAAAAGCUGGAUAUAUAGAUGGCUCUGUCUUUAUUUUGGCUUUUCUGUAUGGUUUUCUCCUGGUCUUUUCUGCACUGCUCUGUCUUACAGCUGUGCAAAUAUAUGGGCUUUUCUUGGCCUGAAAAUGAUUUUUUCCCCCCAAAAGACCCUGUAGACAGAGCCCUUGGAAUGUACAGAGGAGGUGGAAUAGAGGAGUACUGUGAUAACAGUGUUCAGAGUUUCUGUUGUGUGCAGAAAAUGUAUUUAAGCAUAUUUUUUAUACUGGACCAUAUGAGUUCUUUCGGUUUUGGUUUGUUUUUGGUUUUUAUACACUGUGAUCACAAAUAUAGAUUGAAACCCUCCUUGAUAAUUUUCUAAUCAUUGUAUUAUAGCACAAAGUUCUGUGAAUGAACCAGACAACAUAUAAAAGCUUUUUUUUUUUUUUUAAAUCUUACAUUUUAGAAGUAUUUCCCUCUGCACAAUUUUCAUUACCUGCAUUUCCUCCUGUGCUGUAUUGGUCUUUUUGUGACCACCCAAGGUCCAUUUGGAAAAGUUCCCAAGCAAGAGACACACCAGUGACGCUGCAAAAGGGCAGAGCUACACAGGGCUACAUCAAUUUUUCACCCAGUUGUGCUCUGGUUUAAAAUUGUUCACCAAAACUGAGCCAAGCAUGAAAACGUGUUUGGUUUUAACUUUUGCUGUGAGGGAGGACUGCCCACCCACCUGUGUCUCCUGGGGUCUCUGGGGAUCCAGGCUCCUCCUGCACCCUGGCAGUUUUGUCUUGUUCAUGGCCAUGAGGUUUGGGGCACUGGAUUUAUCACACUGCCUUGGGGAUGGGGCUGCUUCUGGUUUUGAUAAACUGGUGGAAAUCCCCACAAAGUACAAACGUGUUCAUUGCCAUCGAUAAACAUUCUUUUUGUUUGAUUCAAAGUGUUUUUCUUGGUACUGAAUGCAGCAAAUGUACUGAAUAAGAAAUGCUCAAAUGAAUCUUUAAACAAUCUCUUUCUGUCCUCAGCCUCUUGAAGCUUGAAAAUCUUGCAGUUUAUUUAUGGGCCUGUAUAUAGCAGCUAUUACAAUUUCUUUUUUUGGACAGCAUCAUUUUGUCAGCAGUAUGAAAUCUUAAUUGAAUGAAAUGUGAGUUUUAAAAAUAGGUAAUGUAGCAAGAAUGACCUUGUCAGUAAUUAGUAAAAUAAUUUAGUUUUGUUGUUUUUUCCCCCUCAAAUAAAUAAGAAAUCUUAAUUUCCUAAAAGGA